AUGAAGGCGGAAUCCAACGGGUUUGCUCUGCCGGGUUUUUUACCGAAGCUCUCGCACGAAAAACAAGACACGUUGCUUAAACUCCUAGUAUUGUCUAUCGCUGCGACCUUGUCCUUUUCAACGAGGUUAUUCUCAGUUCUGCGGUUUGAGAGUGUUAUUCACGAGUUUGAUCCUUACUUCAAUUACCGCACCACAAGGUUUCUGGUAGAGGAAGGGUUUUACGAUUUCCACAACUGGUUUGAUGAUAGAGCAUGGUAUCCCUUGGGUCGUAUCAUCGGUGGGACAAUAUAUCCUGGGUUGAUGGUCACAUCUGCCGUCAUCUACCAUUUCAUGAACUUCUUUCACAUCACAGUCAACAUCCGUAAUGUCUGUGUGUUCCUGGCACCAUUGUUCUCAUCCCUGACCACCCUCGUAACAUUCUACUUCACUAAGGAACUCAAGGAUGCUGGAGCUGGUCUUGUUGCUGCUUCUAUGAUUGCCAUUGUACCAGGAUACAUUUCCCGUUCUGUUGCUGGUUCAUAUGAUAAUGAAGGCAUUGCCAUCUUCUGCAUGUUGCUGACCUAUGCAUUGUGGGUCAAGUCAGUCAAGACCGGUUCUCUUUUCUGGGCUACAAUGUGUGCUCUUGCCUACUUCUACAUGGUAUCAUCAUGGGGUGGAUAUGUGUUUCUGAUCAACUUGAUCCCUCUUCAUGUCCUGGUCUUGAUGAUUACUGGAAGAUUCUCCCACAGGAUCUAUGUAGCAUACUCUGCUGUGUAUUGUCUUGGUACCAUUCUAUCCAUGCAAAUCUCAUUCGUAGGUUUUCAGCCUGUACAAUCCAGCGAGCACAUGGCAGCCUUUGGAGUAUUCGGUUUGUGCCAGAUCCAUUCCUUCGUUGACUACGUCCGUGCCCGCAUGUCACGUGACCACUUCCAGUUCCUCUUCAAAGUGGUAGUAGCUACAGCAGUGGUCGGAGUGUCCUUGGUUGGUGGUGUUCUCACAGCUACUGGCAAGAUCUCUCCAUGGACUGGCCGAUUCUACUCUCUCCUUGACCCAUCUUACGCCAAGAACAACAUUCCAAUCAUUGCAUCAGUUUCCGAGCAUCAGCCUACCACAUGGUCAUCAUUCUAUUUUGAUCUUCAGAUGCUGGUAUUCAUGUUCCCUGUGGGCUUGUACUACUGCUUCAGCAAGCUGACUGAUGCUAAUAUCUUUAUUAUCAUGUAUGGCAUCACUAGUAUCUACUUUGCUGGUGUCAUGGUUCGUCUAAUGUUGGUCCUUGCACCUGUUGCUUGCAUUUUGUCUGGCAUCAGUGUAUCCACCAUCCUGACUACCUACAUGAAGAAUCUAGAGACAUCGCAUCGUCGCCCACAGAAAGUCGCCAAGAAGAGUGACCCCACGUACCCCAUUAAGAACGAGGUUGCAUCUGUCAUGAUCGGCAUGAUGACAAUAUUCCUGAUCACUUACACCUUCCACUGCACCUGGGUGACAUCAGAAGCCUAUUCCUCCCCAUCUAUCGUAUUAUCGGCUAAACAACAUGAUGGCUCGAGAGUUAUCUUUGAUGACUUCCGUGAGGCUUACUACUGGUUGAGGCAGAACACACCUGAGAACUCUAAGGUAAUGUCGUGGUGGGAUUACGGGUAUCAGAUAACAGCCAUGGCUAACCGGACCAUCUUAGUGGACAACAAUACUUGGAACAAUACGCAUAUAUCAAGAGUUGGUCAGGCUAUGGCGUCUCCAGAAGACAAGGCGUACGAGAUCAUGAGAGAACUAGAUGUUGAUUAUGUUCUUGUCAUCUUUGGCGGUUUGACUGGCUAUGCAUCUGAUGACAUCAACAAGUUCUUGUGGAUGGUUCGUAUCGGUGGUAGCACCGAUAAAGGCAAGCACAUCAAAGAACAUGAUUACUACACGCCUACAGGGGAAUUCCGUGUAGACARGGAGGGCUCCCAGGUGCUCCUCAACUGCCUCAUGUACAAGAUGUGCUACUAUCGCUUUGGUUCUGUCUACACUGAACAGGGCAAGCCAACUGGAUACGAUCGUGUUCGAAAUGCUGAAAUUGGAAAUAAGGAAUUUGAGUUGGAUGUUCUUGAAGAGGCUUACACCACUGAACACUGGCUUGUCCGUAUCUACAAAGUCAAAGAUCUGGACAACCGGGGCUCUUAAAUUAGCCGCCCUAUUUUUAAUAUGCCAAGCAAGCAAAUCACCAAUGCUAAUUUAGAUUAGGCAGACAGCUUGCUUUAAAAGAAUUUUGUAACGAUUACAGAUACUGGAAUAAAAAAUUCUACUUGUUA